AUGGCCGACGACGAUGAACGAGCAAUUCCACCGCGAGGAUUAUGGGAGAGCGAAGGGGAUAGUGAAAUGGCGGUGAUGGCUUCAUUUGGAGGUGGAUAUGCCGUUUUAAAGAUUUUAGAAGCCUCACUUUGUAGUCUAGGUAAAGGAGACGACAAGCAACGCAGGAACCAAACGAUCUGCCCGAACUUGGCGUACCUGAUGCAUCAGAUGCACGCGUGCCCACGCGAACGAGGUGACGACCGUGCGUAUAUCAGUGUGAACGACGGCGACGACUCGAGGCGAGUGUUUCCGUUUCAGGCGACGCCGAGCGGCAACCUGAAGAUCGGUCCGAAUCAGGUGGUAUUCGAAUCGAAGAAAGUCAGCGUGCUGGUCGCCGAUCCGCAUCACACGAAGGUGAACGUCAAGGCCGAGCUGAACAGACCCGGAAACGAGGCUGCCGGACGCAUUUCCGAGUCCUCGACGCGGCCUAGGCUCAUCGAUCUCCAAGGAGGUGUCUCGUCGUCGAUGAUCAAUCAAUCGCAGAUGCAGAAAAAUCUGUCUACAAUCGAGGACACGCAGAAGCACACGAUGCAUUCGUUCAAAACGAAGCUCGCCCAAGUGGAGAUGGAGCAGAAGCAGCAGUCGGCACCGUCCACGUCGUACGACGUCCAGUUGCUGCAAGAGGUGCCACUUUCCGUACUCGGAUUUACGGGCGAGCAGCCGAUCGAUUGGGAUAACAUAAUUCUCCCGGAGAAGACCGACCUCUAUCAGGAGUUGGCCAGGCGUAUCACAAAUUACAAGAACGCCGAUUGUAUUGUGCGAAUCGAUCAGGACGAGUUCCAUUGCCACCUGCUCGUGCUGCAGAGUUACAGCGGCUUCUUCGACGAGAAGAAUUGCAAGGAGAUCGACUUGACCGGGAGCGACGUGUCCUCGAAGGCGUUCUCGAUUAUCUACGACUGGAUGAUCAGCUCGCAGAAUGAAAGCUGCCGUCUUUUGCAGCGGGAUAAUAUCUUGGAAGUCUUCACUGCCGCCCAGUAUCUCGGUAUUAAAGAGUUAGAAGAACAAUGCUGGGCUUUCAUAGACAACGAUGAACUGUUCUCCGAAGACACAGCGUUUUUGCUGUACUUGGAGGCUAGAAGGAUUAAAAACACAGCCGUAAUGGAGCUGAUGGUACCGAGGAUCAUGAAAUUCUUCCUGAUGCUCGUCAGCACCAAAGACUUCCUGGAGCUGGCCAUCGACGAGCUGUGCCUAUUGCUGAAGUCCAAUUACAUUUCCGUGAACAGCGAGAUGGAGGUCCUGAUGUCCGCGGUUCGAUGGUUGAUGCACGAUUGGGAGAAUAGAAAGCACCACCUGAUGGAUGUGAUGAAAUGCGUUCGAUUCGGUCUGAUCGCUCCGUGGCAGCUGGUCGACGUGAAAAGGAACCCGGAGAAUCCCGAGUUUAUGGAAUUGAUGUCCUACCCCGAGGUCCAGAAGAUGGUCGACGAUGGAUUAGCGUUCGUGAUUAUCAAAUAUUGGUACGGUAAUCAAACUGAAGAUUACUAUCACUGGAUCGAUUUAUUGGGGCUUAACGAGCCAACCAAUCGAAAUUGGGCUGGCGAGGAUAAGAAUUACGUGACGUACCGAGAAUUCUUGUUGUAUCUCGAGGAAUAUCAAAGAACGAAGAUUUCAGAGCUGAAAGCACGAAAGACUCGCGCGAAACCCACUCCACCCAGUUCACCCCCGAACGAUUACUCGUUCGUGCCUCCGAGAGCGAGUAAUAAUUAUGCCCAGAGCUCGGCCAUAAUAACCAUAACAGGUGACAAUGCCGUUCAAAACGAUGCAGCGAUGCACCCGAUGCACUCGAAGAACCCGCCUCCGAAUUACAUACCAUCGGAGACACCGCCAAUGAUGAUGCCGCCGAAAUUUAUGAACGAGUACCUGACCAGUCUGGAACGAAGUAGAGGGAACGAGGAGAGGGCUACGAGCACGGCCGCCUUUGACGCCAGAUUCACCGGCGGUGGAGAAUCGGCCAAAGCUCCUCAUAAAUCAUCGGCCAUCGAGAAACACGCGCUGGAACACGCUCGACGCUCCGCGAAUUUGCCGGACGUCGGUAAAUUGGAUUACGAGGGUCGGCAAGAGAAGAACACACCGGAUGUUUGCCGGUGCCAGCAGCGCGAGUUGAAUCUGAUAUUUUCCGCGAGAAUGCAACGGACGCGAUGUAAGAUGCCGAGGGACCAGGAAGAACGCACGGAUUCCGGUAAAUCCGAGGAGGAGGCGGCCACCACAAUACAGGCCGUCUAUAGAGGAUAUAAGGCUAGAAGGAGAUUUCACGAAAUAAGAAAAUCAACGUCGGAGGAGAAACGGAAUAUCAAGAAGGUGGCGGAACUUUUAGCUAUUCCAGUGGGCGAAGAUUCUCGCAAGUUCGUGGCGGAGCCAAUCAGAAUUUCAAAUAGUUCAACAAACCAAGUCAGAAACGAGAAGGAGGGAACAUUGUGGUCGCUAAGCUCGAGAACUAAGAAGAGGGAACAGAGCCGAGGACGAAAUCAACGCUCCACGGAGAGCCAAUUGGACCAAUAUGACACGCGCGUGCCUUCUUACGUAUCCGGAGACCAAAGGACACAACUUACGCCGCGAAGCGAGUCGCAUCCUCAAACCGCAACGAAGACUAUCAGAACCAUAAAAUCUCCGAUGUUUCUACCGAAUUACGAGAGAACCACUUCUCCCUCGGACAAUACCGAAACGGAGGAACCGUUGUCUCCGCAAACUGACGGGAAAUCAGUUACGACAGAUUUCGAUGACAAUGUUACGAACAAUGAGAAAAUCGAGGGAGCAAAAACGAAUUGCCAGGACGGUGAUAAUGCUCAGCGAGUGAAGACCGUCACAAAAAGCGUUCAAAUACGAACUUCGUGUUAUCCACGACCACCACCACAAAGGAUCAGCAACAGUAUGUUGGGUUCCAACGUCGAUAGUUAUUUCUUCGACAACUCCCUGUACUUUCGCGAUCGGGAGUCGAUCCUCGUAUUCGGCGGCGUCGAUCCCCACGAAGAGUACGGCCGUGCCGGGAACAACGGAAAAGCUAUCUACAGAUUCAAGCCCGAGGAGAACAUUUGGGAAUGCGUUGGAGAAAUUCCACAGCCGCGACAUCAUCACUCGGUCGCUUACUUAAGAGGCCGUAUCUAUGUAGUGGGAGGCGCAGAUCCUUUGGAAGACAAACUGCACAGACAGAGCACCGCGGUUGGAAGUGUCUGGAGCUACGACCCGACCACCAGGACUUGGUUCAAUGAACCUGGCAUGCUGACAGCCAGAAAGGACUUCGGAUUGGUGGUCAGUCACGGGAAAAUGUACGCCAUAGGAGGGCAAGGCAAGAACGGGAUAACUCUGAAGACGGUGGAGGCUUUCGAUCCGUCCGACUUCACGUGGAGAGAGAUGCAACCGAUGCAAACGGCGAGGGUGGGACCUGCCAGCGUGAAAUAUCGGGAUCUUAUCUGGGUCGCUGGCGGGAUGACAAAAUCGAAGAAAGAGCUGUUCUCGAAGGACGUCGAGUGCUACGACCCGAUCAAAAAUUUGUUAGCUCCGAUACUCUGUCGCGUAUCCCUUUACAGCCUUCGGGUCCCAUUACCUAGAUUAAACGCUUGA